AUGGCUGCGCCGGCUUUUCUGCAACAAUCGCACCCUUUCAGGUCGUCCAACGGCCAACCUGCGUUCCUGUCCUCCGUCAACCCCUUCGAUGCGACAAAGCCCGUAGGCACCCCGUUCGCUAACGCAGGUCCCGCCGUUUCUUCCGUCCUCAUUCGACGUCUCCCUUUGAACACUUCCGAAGAGUCGCUCCGCCUCAUGGUCGUGUGGUCCAAGGAAUUGGUGGACGUUGAGGUUCUUCCCGUGGACCAUUCGGACGACAAGGGAUUCCGAUCGGCCAUUCUGAAGUUCAGGACCACGAACGGCGCAAUCGAGGCGAAAAACAUGCUGGACGGAAAGUCCAACAUUUCCAACGACGCGAACAUGAUUGUUGAGAUUCUUGGAGGAAGUCCGACCACCUCGAGGCGAUACGCCGAGCCUGCAGGUACUGGGCCGUCGAGCACCGCUUCCUCCGCGACAUCCUCUGCGCCAACAUCGCGACAGCCAUCGCGAUUCAACGGGGGGUUUCAGCCUCUCGAGAAGAUCUCGCCGCCCCUGAACGCUAUCUACGGCUCCAGCGAAUUGCCAAAUCCCGAGUCCAGCGCGCAUUACCAGAAUCUGUUCUCCCCGCAGUCACCAAUCGGAAACCAUCUGUCGGAGCGAACUCGCGCCACAGGGAAAUCAAUGAUCAAUGACGACGCCGGCGACGACGACGACACUGGUGAGUUGCUGAAGGACCCGGUCGCCUACGCGGAAAACGGCGCCACGUCCCAGCGACGGGCCACCGCCCCACAGCUACCCAUCUCGCGUCUGGCCAACCUAUCCCUCAACACCAGCUCGUCUUCUGGCCCAUCAUCUCUGCCGCAAUAUGGUCAGCAAGGGAUGGGGCCGAUGUCAGCUCAUCCAGCUACCAUGUCGCCAACCGUCUUGGGCAGCGGCCCACACGGGGGGAUGCCCUUUCACAUGGCAGGUGGCCACCCGUACGCCCGGCAUAACUUCCCCCCGGUGAACCCAGCCGACCAGAACCCGCCGUGCAAUACUCUGUACGUCGGUAACCUUCCCAUCGACACUUCCGAGGAAGAGCUCAAGGCUAUGUUCUCCAAGCAACGAGGAUAUAAGCGCCUCUGCUUCCGGACCAAGCAGAACGGCCCAAUGUGUUUUGUUGAGUUUGAGGACGUUUCCUUCGCUACCAAGGCUCUCCACGAUCUCUACGGCCAGCCCUUGCACAACAGCGUCAAAGGUGGCAUUCGCUUGAGCUUCUCCAAGAACCCUCUUGGCGUUCGAUCUGGUCAAACUCCCGGCCAGGCCACUUCACCCAUGGGGGGCAUGAUGACGGGUUCUACAAACGGUUUCAAGACCGCCAGUGGGCCCCCUCCUGGCCUCGCAGCUCCCCCAGGCCUAGGCGCUGGCCGCUUCAACGGUAGUUCGACCGCACAGUCGUACACUGUUGCUGGAUUCCCCGCUAGCAGCAACAGUAAUGUAUGGAAUGGGUACAGCGGCGCCAUGACGGCCGGCGGGCCUGGAUCUUUGAUGAACGGAAACAACUCCAACUACCUGCCACCUCACAUGCUGGGCAGGUAA